GAGAGCCAGGAGUGUAGCCCACUCGCUCCAAGAGGGGAUGGCAGAGCUCGGCUUCCUCUGCUUGGAUCGCCUGCCGCUGAACUUUCCUGCCGGGAUUUAAAUUUUCCCCAUCUCCCCACCACAGCCUUUCUCCCUUUCAACACACACCCUUUUGCUGGAGGGAGAGAGGAAAAGACUGCGUGGCGCUUCCAAGCUGCCGUGUCAGGAAUGAAAUGAAUUUUUUAAAAAUGACAACUUUGCAACAAAGUGGGCUGUCUGCUGUCUACUGUCUGCCGGCGAUGUGAAUGAAGAUGAGUAGCGACUUGCAGCGAGCAUGACAUCACUUGCCAACGUCAUUGCUUCCCAGCAGUCAGAGUGGGUCUCCUUCAACGAUGGGCUGCUGCUACCGGCUGCCUCCCAGGGCCAAACUGGAGAACCUCUUGAAAGGUUUCUGUCCUCCUCUGAUACUUCUUCCGAAGGCAUCCAAAACCUGGAUGGAGAAUUUCAGACACUUGCACAUGCUGAGCUGGGAGAUGGAAUGGACAAAACUGCUGCAGACUCUGUGUCCGUAUGUUUGCUUGAAAACCACCCAUCUCCAAAGCCUGAUCUGUCUUCAUCAUUCAGCACGUGGGUCCAGUUUGAAGAUGCACCCUGGCCUAGCACGUCACCAGAGAAUGCGCAUACAGCCUUCUCUCCAAGAACAUUCUGCUGGACGUGUCCCUCUUCGGGAUCUUCUGAGAGAAGGCCUCUCACGUCAGACAACAGUUGGACAACUACUUCUGAGAACACCAGCAGCCCCAGUUUCACACCUUCCUAUACUGACCUGCAAUCCAUAAACACUGAAGACCUGACUAGUGGCAGAGCAUCUGCAGCAGACUCAACCGACAAUUCCUCAUCCCUUCUCGAAGAUGAAGAGCUAGGCAUGGAGGCCACCAGCUGGCAGCUGAAUAGCACAUCUGUAAACGGCCAUAGUGAAACCCCAACAACAGCUCGUUUCCCCAGCUGGGUGACUUUUGAUGACAAUGAAGUCAGCUGCAAUUCUCCAUCAACUUUAUCCCCCGUAAAAGCAGAUUCCCCACCAUUAGUAGCAACUGCAGCAGCAGCAGUCGCAACAGCACAGAUCACAGAUGUGAACUCUCUUACCCUCUCCUCUUCCUUUAAGAAAAGGGAACGCCCCAGAAGUGCAUUGGCUGACCUCCCUAAAAUUCAGAAACUAGACCUUUCCUCAAUAACCAGCUUGCCUUCGUUUAGUGGGACACCCCCUUGGAGUGCUACUAACCCUUUCCUUGACGAAUCCCUGAGGGAUGUCCAGCCUUCACCUAUCAACCCGUUCAGCUCUUUCUUUGAAGAACGGGACAGGCAUUCUCAAACCUCUCCCAUUUCUGGUAGAAACCAGAGAGACUCCCUCAUUAUCCUCCACCAGGAGCCUGACUGCAUCAGCUUUAAUGAGCCAAGUAAACACCUCAGGCACAGAGAUGCUGUUGAGCAGCUCAAGCAACUCCAGAUUGGGGACCCAGAUCAGCUGAGCAGUCCUACUCUGCCCGAUGACGACCCCACAGUGCCAACUGAGCUAUACAGCACCGUGUCCUUUCUGGGGCCACCUCCGCGAAAAGAUGGCUGGCCAAUGAUGCUGAGGAUACCGGAAAAGAAGAAUAUCAUGUCAUCUAGGCACUGGGGGCCGAUUUACGUCAAGCUGACCGAGAGCAGGUACUUGCAGCUCUUUUACGAGAAGGGAUUGGAAAAGCCUUUCAAGGAAUUCAAGCUUGACAUCAGCCACGAGAUUUCAGAACCCAAACUCCAGAAUUAUGAUGAGAAUGGGAGGAUACACAGUGUGAGGAUAGAUCGCAUCACCUACAAGGAAAAGAGGAAGUACCAGCCAAAGCCUGCUGUCUCUCACAUAGCAGAGAGGGAGCAGGUUAUCGAGCUGGGUACCACCAGCUAUGAAGACUUCCUCAGCUUCAUCAGGGCGGUCCAGGAUACACUAAUGGAUUUGCCUGCCUCAUCAACAGACCUGAGCACAGUGGGAUUAAACUACCAAGAGGAGGAAAUCACUGUGGAUGUGAAGGACGAGUUCUAUGGCACCUUGGCCAAAAGAGACAAUAGGAUUUUGCAGCACAAUGUGUUGACCCGAGUGCACGUUCUCACUUUCCUUUCUGGCCUGGCGGAAUGCAGGCUGGGUCUCAACGAUGUCCUUGUCAAAGGGAACGAAAUCGUCUCGCGGCAGGACAUCAUGCCCACUACCACCACCAAGUGGAUUAAGCUGUACGAUUGCCAGUUCCACUCCUGCGUGGAGGAGGAAGCGUUCGCCAGCGCCCGCGUCAUUCAGUUUAACCCCUUGGACGCCUGCAGGUUUGAACUGAUGCGCUUCAGAAGCGUGUUCUCCGAGAAGACAUUGCCUUUCACCUUGAGGGUUGCAGCUAGCAUCAAUGGCGCCGAGGUGGAGCUCCAGAGCUGGCUGAUGAUGUCUCCGGGGUUCUCCUCCAACAGAGACCCUCUCACUCAGGUCCCCUGUGAAAAUGUGAUGGUCCGCUACCCAGUGCCACAGGAGUGGGUGAAAAACUUCCGCAGAGAUAGUGUCCUCGGGGAAAAGUCUUUGAAAGCAAAGGUGAACAAAAGUGCCAGCUUUGGAUCCACCAGUGUGUCCGGUUCUGAGCCAGUAAUGAGAGUAACACUAGGAACUGCCAAAUACGAGCAUGCCUUUAAUUCCAUCGUGUGGAGGAUAAAUCGGCUGCCCGACAAAAACUCUGCUUCUGGUCACCCACACUGCUUCUUCUGCCACCUGGAGCUUGGCUCAGACCGGGAAGUGCCUUCUAACUUUGUCCGCUAUGUGGAUGUGGAGUUUGACAUGCCAACCACUUCAGCAUCCAAAGCCACCAUCCGGUCCAUCUCUGUGGAAGGCAAGACAGAUGUCAGGAAGUGGGUCAACUAUUCAGCACAUUACAGUUAUAAGGUGGAGAUAGAGCAGAAGAAGAACUUGAAUCCAGAUGUGAUGGAAGAACACACCGAUAACCCCAAGGACUGUGCUGUGCAGUGAAAGGAUAGGUCCACCUGCAGUUGGAACAGAAUCAACAGGCCUUGAAGAAGAGAGAACAGCAUGUCGCUCCUGCUGUAGGAAAAGCCGGAAAGAAUCUGGAGCACCGUAGGGUUUCCUUGUCCUCUAUGUCUAUACUUAGAGAGGAACCUAUUUUGGGAUUUGUUUACAGCAGACUGGUGGCUUUGGUAGAAGCACACUAAGCAUAUAGUAUAUAGGCUUACAACUCAUUCAAGCCUGCCUUCAUCCCUGACACUAAUCUUCUUACAGUGAUAUAAUGGUAUUUUUUUUCAACUCAAAGAAAAGGUGUAACUCUAGUUUUAUUGAAGUCUCCCCCCCCCUCCACUGUGUGCUUGAAAUUACCUGAACUCUUGCAAUUCAGUCCUCAGAAGAGCUCUUCCAGGUACUCUGCUGAAGCACUGAGGGGGAGGAAGGAAUGAGAGAUGCACCACAGCAUCCCUUGGGUUUUCUGUCAUGUCCAUGACACUUAGUGAAACAUUUUAACAGCUUUUCUUCUCCACCAGUGUAGACGGAACCGCUGGGAAUUCCACUGGGUAAAGGACAAGUGGAUUGACCUUCCCUUCUUAUCAUCUCCAAGGCAGAACAUUUAAAAAUUGCACAUUUCCUUGGAUUUUGGUGGCCAGAAAGCUUCCUUUAUUCACUUAGACUGACAGCGGGGCCAGGAGUAUUCUUUAGACUUGACAUAGUUAUAGCUGCCAGUAGAGGGGACUAGGAUAAUAUUUGAUCAGUCUUGACUGGGAGGAUACUGGAAGGAAAUAAUUUCAUUUAAAUUAAUGGUCAAGUGGACUGGUUACUUCUCUGACAGAUGACAAUUUAUAUUCUUGAUAGGAAUAGGGAAAGGAGGUGCUCUGUUAUUUUUUGUAGAUGUUGACAAUGCUGCUUUCAUGUUCUGUCCCAAAACCUACACCUUAUUUUAGAAAGACUGCAGUGCCACAGUUGUGUGUGAUAUUCUUACUUUAUAAUGUACUGGCAUAAUGGCAUAGCAGUCCUUGUUGUCAGUACUCUUUGAAUUCUCUGUCUACAAUAGUCUCACACAAGUGCAAAAAUUAACAAAAUCCACCCCACGUGAUUGUAAAGAUAAUCUUGAAAAUGUCUGGAUAUACCUGAGCAGAAUGUUCAAGGGUCAGGUGGUAAAUGGAGUUGGAAAGCAGCAUGGGACUUCAGCACAGAGGCAUUAUCAUGCUUUUGGGUCGUUCAGAUCCAUUUGUUGUGUGUGCGACAACUGGUACACAAAUAUCCAACCAUCCCUCUUUUUUCACCCACAAUAUUCAUUGCUAUUCCACCUGUGGGUAGAGCUUAACAGAAUAUAUGCCAGGUGGGAGAGUUUUAUCCCUCCCAAUCACUCCUCCACCACCUUUUUACAUUGUGAAAAUGUGAACAGGUAUUUCUGUACCUGUGCACAUGCACCUUAAAACAACAACAACAACAACAACCCAAUAAUUCCACAAGAGCUCAAGGUCAAACAUUGUCAACAUGCUUCACAAUGGGCAAAAUGGAGGAUAGUGUAUUGGCAUGGACAUGUGAUGCUGUAGUACAAACAACUAAUUUAUCUAGAUUACAGGUGAGGAAUCCUCAGUUCCCCCUCACCCCAGCAGGCUACUUUGGCAGGUCAAUCACCGGACAAUCACCGGACAUCACUUUGGUCCUCUCCAAUCCUUUGAGUUUCACCCCCUGUGCAGAAGUGAAUUCCAAGAACAUUCAAAACAACAUGAUAGAAAACCCCAAACCCUGAGAAGAUACAAAUCCAAAGAAACACUACCAUGCUGCCCUUCACUUCUGCCCUAAGUCUGGUUUAUACAUGCAUUUUCAUUACUGGGUGAGAGUAAUGAAAGGAUAUAUUUUGUGUUCUAAUGGGCAUCACAGAGAGAACUUUCAUGUCACAUCACCUGUAAGUUAAUAGCCAAGACCCAACUCUAUACAUGUGGAGCUGUUUUUUGAAAUGCAGUAGACAUCCUAUCGUCCCUUUGGAGGGGAAGUGGAAACAGAGAGGUACUAAAUCCAGCCUUCUUCCUUUCCCUUCCCAACAGGUGACAGGUAAGAUUACUGUUUGUUGAAGAGGAAUGUGUUAUGCGUAGCUCAAUCAUGGAGAGGAAUCACAUCUACAGCACCUGGUGGUGGAUGAGGUUCCUCAUCUAGAUGAGAGAAUAUAUAUCCAUCCUAACUAGAUCUUGAGCAAAAGCUUUGCAGUGGAGUCCACUUCCAUAUGCAGGUGGCAGUCAUCAGGUAUAAAGUACUGUAAUCAAAUGAACAUACAUGAGCUAAAUAAAAAAAAAUCCUUCCAGUAGCACCUUAGGGGGGUUUUUUUGUUUUGUUUUGACUACGGCAGACCGACACUGCUACCUAUCUGUAACUAGAAAUAUGUGAACUAGACCCACUUCAAAGCUGAUCCUCCAGAGGAUGCUAAAGCUUGGACCUUGCUGUUUCAUAGCAGUCUCUGAAAAUACUUCUCUGCGUGUCCUGCAUGGGUUUUGCUCAGGCAUCUGGGUGGCCACUGUGAGAAUAGGAUGCUGGGCUAAGAUGGGCCAGUGCCCUGAUCCAGCAGGCUCUUAUGUUCCUAAAUAUGCUACAAAUGCAUCAGGUACAUAUAAGAACAUGUACAGCUGAUCUUAGAGCUGUAAGAACAAAGUCAGCUGAUCUUAAAGGUAAAAGUACCCCUGACCAUUAGGUCCAGUUGCAGACGACUCUGGGGUUGCAGCGCUCAUCUCACUUUACUGGCCGAGGGAGCCAGCAUACAGCUUCCGGGUCAUGUGGCCAGCAUGACUAAGCCACUUCUGGCAAACCAAAGCAGUGCACAGAAACGCCAUUUACCUUCCCGCCGGAGUGGUACCUAUUUAUCGACAGUACUUGCACUUUGACGUGCUUUUGAACUGCUAGGUGGGCAGGAGCUGGGACCGAGCAACGGGAGCUCACCCCAUCAUGGGGAUUCAAACCGCCGACCUUUUGAUCGGCAAGCCCUAGGCUCAGUGGUUUAGGCCGCAGCACCACCUGCGUCCUGCUCAGCUGAUCUUAGAGAAAGCAAUUGGGCAGAGCAGGAUGGAUAAGGGUGAAGGUAUCUCUUAGAUGUUUGGAGUCCAAAGGUAUUAGGUUUCUAAAGGUAACAAUCAGUAUCUUGUGAAUUGUGCCGGUUUCCAUUCACACCCUAAGGCUUCUAAUUCAACAUGUCCCGUGCAUCCAGUUCCAUUCAGGAGAUGUCAUUAUGUAGAAUGCACUGCAGCCCUUAGGCUUACAAGGCCAUUUGUGAUGGUUAGCAGGUGUUAAUUCAAAGCUGGGUAGUAUAAGACCCAGAAACACCUUCUAGAAUAGAGAAUGAACAGGAGACAAGGCUAAAGUUCUGAGCAGAAGAGGCUGGGACAUCAUUGAUGUUUAUGUCCUCACAAGUAUCACAGCUGGCUUAUAUCUGCCUUGGUAGAUUUGCCUUCAAUUAACUUGCCAAUAUCCUGCCCACUGUUCCGAGAAGUUACAUAGCAUAUAAUACCAUUUGGCUUUAGUCCUUCUUCUGUGGUAUUGUCAACUGUGCAGGGACUGAUAGAAUACCCUGCUAAUUUAUUGUGGAAAGAAACUGUGUCUCUUUGCUAUAAAAAGGGCUUUGUGUUGCGUUCAGCCUGCUCUUUGCUGCCUCCAUCCAGACGGAUUGUUCAUAACCUCUUGCACUAUUGUGAUUGAGUGGGUUGUUUUUUGUUUUGUUUUUACAUAUUUUGUAACAGGUUUCUACCUUUUGAUGUUGUACUAUGAGAGAGUCUACACACUGGUUGAUACUUUAGACAUUUUGUUGUCCCCCCCCCCAAAAAACUUCUCUGAGAAAUGUUAUUUUGAGUUUCAUUGUGGGAGGAACUGUUGAAUAAAAGCAAAUGAAAUGCUA